AUGGUGACGUCACAGAUCGGCCGUGAAAUGGGAAGUCGAGCGAGCGCUGGUGAGUUCAACAAACCAAUAAAAACCUUCCGAAAUCUGCCUUCAACAGGGAACAAGAAACAAAUUCCAGUGAGGCCGACAGAGAAGAUGAGUGGUAACAUCCCUCUUUCACGCUCGGAGGUUUUCGGGGAGCUGAGGAAGGAGCUCCACGAUGACACAGAGUUCCACCAGUCUGACGCCCACAUCUUCAUCAUCAUGGGAGCUUCUGGAGAUUUGGCAAAGAAGAAGAUUUACCCAACGCUCUGGUGGCUGUUCAGAGAUGGUCUUCUGCCAGAGCAAACACAUUUUGUGGGUUUUGCUCGCUCCCAGUUGUCUGUGGAUGCCAUCAGAACGGCCUGUAUGCCUUAUCUCAAGGUGACCGACACAGAGGCAGAGAGACUGGACGCGUUUUUCAAAAGGAACACGUACAUCAGUGGGAAAUACGCAGAGGAAAGUUCCUUCUCCGCUCUGAACACUCACCUGCUGUCGCUGCCCGGAGGAGCCGAGGCCAACCGCCUGUUCUACCUGGCCCUUCCCCCGUCUGUCUACCACGACGUCACCAGGAACAUCAGUCUGCAGUGUAUGAGCACAAAAGGCUGGAACCGGAUCAUUGUGGAGAAGCCGUUUGGACGCGACCUGCAGAGUUCAGAGGAGCUGUCCGCGCACCUGUCCUCCCUGUUCACAGAGGAGCAGAUCUACCGCAUCGACCACUAUCUGGGCAAAGAAAUGGUGCAAAACCUCAUGGUGCUUAGGUUUGGAAACCGAAUCUUUGGUCCGAUCUGGAACCGGGACAGUAUCGCCUGUGUGGUCCUCACCUUCAAAGAGCCUUUUGGGACUCAAGGCCGAGGAGGAUACUUCGAUGAUUUUGGCAUCAUUAGGGACGUGAUGCAGAACCAUUUGCUUCAGAUUCUCAGUCUAGUUGCCAUGGAGAAGCCUGCCACCACCAGCUCCGACGAUGUUCGGGACGAAAAGGUGAAAGUGCUGAAGUGCAUUGCCCCCGUGAGCAUGUCGGACGUGGUGCUGGGGCAGUACGUGGGGGACCCCGACGGAGAGGGAGACGCUAAGCUUGGUUACCUUGACGACACGACUGUUCCCAAAGGGUCCACUCAGGCCACCUUUGCCACAGCUGUGCUUUAUGUGCACAACGAACGCUGGGACGGCGUCCCGUUCAUCCUGCGCUGUGGAAAAGCUCUGAACGAGAGGAAGGCCGAGGUGCGGCUGCAGUUCACCGAUGUACCAGGGGACAUUUUUAACAACCAGUGCCACAGGAACGAGCUGGUGGUCCGCGUGCAGCCCAACGAGGCCGUCUACGCCAAGAUGAUGAGCAAAAAGCCUGGAGGUUACUUCCACCCAGAGGAGACGGAGCUGGACCUGACCUACAAGAGCAGAUACAAGGAUGUGAAGCUUCCUGAUGCUUAUGAACGCCUCAUUCUUGACGUUUUCUGUGGAAGUCAGAUGCACUUUGUCCGAAGUGACGAACUAAGGGAAGCAUGGAGGAUUUUCACGCCUCUUCUCCAUCACAUUGAAAAAGAGAAGCCCAAGCCCAUUCCAUACAAAUACGGAAGCCGGGGUCCAGCAGAAGCAGACGAACUGUCAAAAAGAGUAGGCUUUCGUUAUGAAGGAACUUAUAAAUGGGUGAAUCCACACAAGCUGUAG